AUUGCAACAAUUGCAUUCAUUGAUUCUGCUUAUCCUCCUCCCCCGCGCCCUUCUGAACAACACCUUAACAUCACGUUUUACUUAAACAGGAGGAUGAAGUUUGUAUUUGUGCUAUCGCUGAUGCUGUGUUACAGUUCAGCUCAGAGUGCUGAUUCAAGUGAGUAUAUUGUAUAGUCCAACCUAUGUGAGUGACUACUUUUCGUAAGCGACCAUCUAACCAAAACACCAAAACGUUCCCAGUUGGUACCUCUAGUAAACGACCACCUCCUGUAAGCUACUGCGACCACACUAUUUGGGUCUUACGGUUUAAUGAUUUCCAUUGGUUUUAACCUCUUGUAAGCGACCUCUUCAUGGUCCUUCAAGCAUUGUUUGAUCUCUAUUUUGGCAGUGUGUACUAUGCUAAUAGGAAUAUACGGAGAACUUUAGCAAAAUAUGGAACUACACACUUGCAAUAACUUAUCUUCCAUGAAAAAAGUUGUGUUCGGACAUCUCCUUAAGCGGCCAUGAGUCUGCAUUUUUUGUGCUCUCUUAUGGGGGUUUGCAUGUAUUUUUAUCGCGCAGAAUAUACUAUACGCCCCUAUUUUUCUCCUGUCCGUCCACCCAAUCAGCUGACAUGGAGAAAACUAGUGUUUAACUUCCAAACAUCUGGCAACUUUUCUUCUUUAAGUUUUUUUUUUUUUUGGCAAUAUUCGUGAUCCACCUAUCGUGUACAAAAUCUCAGUCACCCUAGGUUGGAUUUGAUUUCAGGUAAUAUCCUGUAAGUUUGCCACAUUACAUUUUUAAACUAGUGGGAAAAUAGUGGGAUUUAGGAAAUUCGUUUAGUUUGUUAUGUCAUCUAAAACUUUCGAAAAAGCAACUAGAAAAAGGAACAUUGAGGGCGAGACCCUUAACUGGUUCUGUAUUGAUUAAGAGAACACAAGUCUACGUGUAAAAUUAAAAUCUGAUUUUAUAGGAUGUGGUUCUGUGGUAAACAACGCCUUGACAAGUCCUGGAUUUCCAGGACAUUACCCAGAUAACAUGCACUGCGUGUACAACGUUUCCAUUCCAUCCGGAAAGGCGCUGAAGAUCAGCUUUUCAACUUUUUCCCUGGAACCAUUUCCUGGAUGCUGGUAAGUAAUUUAACGACAGACAGCUUCAGAGUCACGUUUACGGCAAACGGCAAACGUCAGAUUCAAAUUGAGAAUAUCUCAAAAUUAAAAAAAAUGACGGGUAAAAACAGCUCAAAGCAGUUCUUAUGGAUAAAACUGACUUGAAACAAUUCACUUUUUUGUAGAAGUAAUGAACAGCAAACAUCAAGUAAAGGGAAAACUUGGUCACGUGGUACAGAUUCACUUUUGCCGUUUACAAUAAACUUAACGUGACUGAUGACAAACAAUUGAAAACCACUCAACUGACUCAGCUUUGGUAAGAGUAGACAAGGAACCUAGUAAAGUGAUACUUGUUACUCUAAAAAAGUAACAUUUUUGCUGGUCAAAACAUACUCACGAAUUCCGACGACGUUCGGCUUGUACGCUGCAAGUUUUCGGAUCUGUGAUAUUGGGCCUUUAUAAAAUAACUGAGAUAGUACGCGUGAUUUGAUUGGUCAAAAACCUAUGGUUUAUUAUACCGGUAAACCCAUAGAAAAAGGCAUCCGGACCACGAGCCAUAAACAAAACCGGUUAUUGAUCUGCAAACAAUGACUUUAGAAAGGCUAAAAAAACAGAACAAGUUACUUACCCAGCCCUUCUUAAUAUCAAAGCGUUGGUUUCCACAUUUUAUUACUGCCAUAGCUUUAGAAGUAAUAUAUAGAUUUAGCCAGGGCUAAAAGCGAAGCUCCUAUUAACUCGAAUUUAUAAUUUAAAUCAAAAAAUAAACUUGCAAUUGUAUUUUACAAAUCGGUUAACUUUAGAGCACAUUCAUGUGACUUUUGAGGGAAAGGCUAAGUGAUUUUAGAGAAAAAUAAUUUGCAAACAGUCUAAGCUAAGAGUGAACUUAAUCUUACAUCGAGUUGAUAGCCUUAUAUGUACACCCAAAAAAUAGCAAUCAUCUUCGAUCACAUUCAAGAGCCAUAAAAAUGGCUCUUGAUCACAGUAGAUUAGGCCUGGAAAACAAAUUCUCGGAAAACAAAUCAGGCCCAAUUUUUUGCGUUCGACAAGUUUACAAUUUAUUUUACAAAAUCUUGCUAACAAGUCUGGGGACGUGUAAACUAGCCUUUAUACUUGUUAUACAUCAUCUGAGGUGAAACAGUACCAUGAGGCACUGUUUUUAUCAUACAGACCUCGGACAGAUCACAAUUUUGCAAUACAAAUUGUACUCAUUCAACAUUCAGGUCGAUCGAAGCACGCGUGGACUUUUAUCAAAACCGUUAAAAAAAUUUCUAAAAUCACCUAUACGGCUUGCCGGUUCUCACUUUUGACAAGCGCCAAAGUCUACUGUUUAAAUCAAGAUCAAUAGAGUUAUACGCUUUAACAUGAUAAAAAAUUUAUUAGGUUUAUUUCUUUAUUUAACGAUUUUAUGACUAUGUGUAGUCUUCAAAAGCGUUUGAUACAAGCGGCAUUUUGACUACUCCUGCAAGCGAUGUUCGUGAGCGACUGAAAACAAACGGCACAGCGAUUAAAAUUGCAAAAGAGACAACUAACAAUCAAUAAAAGGAUAAUAAUUCGGUGAAACAUAUACAGAGACAACAAUUUUCAUUCACGAAGACAAGUAAAAAGUGUCUCUGAAAAUCCUUGUUUAUGUUUUAAGCCGGCUUCCCGGCGUUUGCUUUUUUCAAAGAUGAACUCGAGGCAAGAAAAUCGCUCAAAGCUUUCUUUUACAGCUAGAAUUAUAACUAAAUAUUCUUUGGAACGUUUUCUUUCUAAUUGCAGUGAGAAAAUGUCUGAAGGCUUUUUAAAGUUCGGUUACAGUUCUAUAAGCUUAUAAUGAAACCUGAUACUCGGUCCGAUCAUUGUCUCAAAUCUUACAAACGUGCAUAAACUAAAUAGCCGCAUAAACUACGCCCGACUUCAUUAAAUUACAUAUAAAAAACAAACAUCAAAUACAAUAAUUACUCAGGCUUACCAUUCGAGAUGCUCUGAAAACUAUCAAGUAAGGCCAGAAUCGCUUCAGACUUUUCAACCCUCUUACGCAUCAAGCAAGGUGAAAAACGAAAACGAUGCCAUCCGAAAUCGGAUUUCCGACUUUGACAAGCGACGUAUUUCUCAACCAAAAACCCAAUAAACAAACUAGCUAUGAAUAACAGAAGACUCUUGAUAGCAGCAGAAUUUCAUUUUGUACAUUAAGCGGAGAAAGACAGUUAAAAACAUCACAAGUUGGCACAAAACUCUGUCAGCUUCAGCUGUCAAAGUAAACAAGUUUCAAGAUGCUGCAUAAAUUUUCCGCAUGAACUCACCUGUCAAAUUUUGACCAAUCAGAGCAUAAAAAUUGGACGUAGAGCGUGACCAACGCGUGACCUUGUUGAGAAAAGUCAAAAGCAACUGGCAUGUCUUCCCUGCCUGUAAAAACUGGCUGAAUUUUAGCUUCCGAGGUCAGUUUGAAAUCAAAAUUUUAAUUGUGCGACACAUAUAAAACACAACAUAUUUCAUAUGAAUUAAAAAAAAUUAAAUUUGAGCCUGCGAUCAUUUGAAAACUAGUAACUUGUCAGCGGAUAACUUCAAAAAGAUACUCGACCUCGAUGUGUCGACACCUGAGCCCACGAUACGGUCAGGUGAUACUGGUCAGCGGAUACCCUGUUUUGACAGCUGUCAAUUGACCACAACAUUGAUGUACAAUAUGUGUGCAAUAUCAGUCUUCCUGAGCUAGCUAGAAAGUGUGAGAUUGAACAUUGGUUGUCCUGUGGUGCGGACGGACGGGCGGGCUGCGGGCGGUGUACGGUCACGUGGGGCGCUUUCCAUUUAGUCAAAAUUUCCGGAAUUUCUGGUUCGGUGAUAAAUGGAACACGUUUCGUCGGCUCGUCCCACUGGAAAAUUCCCAGAAAAAGUGGAAAAUCUAAAAAGGUGGUCCUGUUUUUCCGGACGGAAUGUUCCAAACGGAAAUUCGUGUUCCAUUUCUUCAAAGCCAUCUUCGGUACCAGUUUCAGGCUCUCACGGUCAAUUAAUAUGCAAGCUCAACAACAAUCAUGGCGGAUCAAAAGGACACUCCAGAGCUGAAUGCAGAUAUUUACGAAUGUGCAUCUUGUCAUAUGCUUACCGACGAUCUUGUUAGCCUUAUGAAUCAUAAUUGUGCUGCAUAUGUAAAUGGUAGGUGAAAUGUCCGACGCUUUACAUCGCUAGAAAAGUCGAAUUUUACUGGGAGCUUUCUUUCACAGUUUCCCGCGAUUUCAUUCGUGUUCAUGCGUUGAUAGAAAACUUUCAUCCUUAUACUUUGCAGUCACCGUUCCAACCGUUGAACGUUCUACAGCUUCUCCUUCUCCAUCUGUAUGCUCUGAAAUGUCAGACGGUCCUUCGAAAGUUGAACGGUGGGAGGAUGCUGAUGUUAGACUUCUCAUUUCUAUCUGGAGCGAUCAUAAACAUUUGUUUGGCGGGAAAAGUACGAAGAAGGAAAUUUUCGACAAGAAAGCGGAGCAAUUCACCGCCACUUCUGGACGACUGGUUACUGGGGAACAGUGUAUGAGGAAGUGGUCUAAACUACUGGCAAAGCAAAAAGAAGUUGAGGACCACAACAAUAAAAGCGGAAACGAUAGGAAAAGUUGGAAAUUUUACAAUGAGCUUUCUCAAUGUCUUGGCAAAGACGUUUCCGUAAAACCUACGUACACGAUGGAAAGCUCGUCAAAUCCAUUAGACUGUGACGGUCGAAAACCAUCAGACGACGAUGAAUCUUCUUCAGAGUCUGUAGUUGAAGGUCCGCAAUCCAGUGAUUCUGCCGGAAAAAGAAAAGCAAGUGCUAAGAAAAGAUGCCAAGAGAAGCCAAUGAGCCGAUCCUCCGCGGCGGAAAUGCUAGAAUUUCUAAAGACUUACAGUGAGAAGCGAGAGAAGGCAGAGGAAGAAAAGCUGAGAAUCUUAAAAGAAAUGAAUGACCAAAAUGGAAAAAAGUAAAAAUAACUAGAGUGAUGCGCGGUGUUAGUAAUACUGCUUUUAGUGAUGAACCUUCCCUGUAUGGGUGUGGUGAGGUGGGAAACGCAUGGGGUGUAAGGUAAACGAAAAUGGACUUUAAGGAUGUAUGUUAAGUUCACCCCCCUCUCUCUCUCUCUCUCUCUCUUUAUAUAUAUAUAUAUAUAUAUAUAUAUAUAUAUAUUGAACAAGCAUCCUUAUAAUUAAUACAAAAUGGCCUUUAUUGCACCAUUACAAGGAGAGCUUGUAUAGCUUUAUAGCCAGCAAAUGGUACCUAGAAAAUGGUAGGUCUCUGAGGGGCUGUUCAUAUGAGGUGAGCCAGCCUGGGAGCAGGACUGGCCCGCUUUACUGGGCUGGCUUGGCUCAUACCUAAUUUCUCUUUAAGUUUUUGUUGUGUUUAUAUAAGAAGGCAGGCUCGUUCUUUUGUUGACAUCUCGGUUCAAGUAACCGGGAUCUCAGCAGCGCCAGCCUGCCUUUUGAUGUAAACAAACACAAUUUCAUGAGGAAACAAGGCAUGGGCCAAGUCAGCCUGGUAAAGCGGGCCAGCAGGGCUAACUGGGCUGGCUUGCCUUGUAUAAACAGGCCCUGAAAAUAUUUGAUCUCUGAUCUCGAAGUCUCAUUGCGUUUUCUUUCUAUCACAGAGUUUAGAGCUUGUGACAGCAAAGUCACAGAUUUCAUGAUUCAUUAACCCUCAUUUGCAAAGCAUGUUUUGUCCAAUUAACUUUUUUUUGACAUUUGGUUUCAUUUUGUAAGUUAAUAACAUAACCUCAUUAAUUUGGAAAAGAAACAACAAUGUAUUUUGCACUGUAUUAGCAUUUCAGGGACCAUGGUCGGGCAUAAGCUACAGGUGCAUUGCUGUAUUUGCUAUCUAAAACUCCUGAGCACCUGCUUGUACAACUUCAUGACAUGCUGUACGAAUGAAUGAUUUUCUGAUGCAACUUUUGCAGCUCCUUGUCCCCCACAAACAUCCCUAAAAGAGAGCUGUUCAAUAAAGAAUUUCACUCUUAGUAUUGUCCAGUUAGAACAGCCUAGCUAUUGUCUUGUUAUGUUCUUGUUAUUUUCUCUUGUGAUUUAAAGGGACCAUAAGACAAAUUAAGAAACCCAAAAUUAAGAACAACAUUAUUUGUAAUUUGGAAGUAGACACGGUCAAUGAAGAAAUAUUUAUUAUUAUUUGUCACCAUCUUAGUUGUGUUGAAGACUUUGCCAUAUGGUUUAUAAGAAUGUCUAUCAUCCGAAAGGGUUUUUUACAAUGUCCUCAACAGGAUAUUAACAUUUUCUGUAUUACAUAACAUAAUGUUAGCAAUUUACACAAAUUAAUAAACAUUAUAAUGUUGCGUUUACUUUUUACUCUCUUUGACCCUGCUUUUUUAAGUUCUCAGUUUACCUCGGCUUAGUAAGUCCCCUCAAAAGCAAUCAUUUGGCUUCUCUCAUAACAGUUCUCCUCCAUUUGGUGUUGUUGGACAAGCCAAUCAUUGAUUGUCUGGCAGGAGGCAAAUGUAUCUAAUUUGUGCUGUUUUGCUUGACUGUCAACCUAAAUAUACACAUUUUAGACUCACCUUGAUUCUGUUGUGUUCUUUUCCUUAAGAUUCUUGUUUUUGAUAACCUUUGUGGUUGCACGUAAAACUAUUUAUUCCCCUUGCAAGACUUGCAUUGUAUACAAUCAGUCAAAAGUUCUGCAUCCAACAAGAGUCACACUGCAUUGAAGUGUAAUCUGCGUAACUUGCUUAUCAUUUUGUCAGAGGUGUUUUGAAAACUGAAAUGAUGUUUUCAACAUUUAUGGAAGUCAGCUCUUACAGCUGAAAAUUGUAUAUUCAGUUCAGAUGUUAAACCAAACAUAUUUGAUAUUUAGUGUAUAUAAUAUGUUAAAAAAUACAGGUGAUGCAAGUAAUUUAGGUCAAUUGUUCAGAUGUAUUCUAAGCAACCUAGUCUUUAAGUGGAAGCAAGGCACCAAGCUGUUUAAGCCAAGAUUUUUUUUUGAUAGAAUCUUCACAACUUUUCAAACAUGAAAACAAGGUCACAGUCAGCCCCAAAGUCAAACUUGCUCAGCAUAUACAUGUAGUUGUAAAAUGGUCUAUUAUAUAAUCCACGUAAAAUACCUGCACCAGUUCAUUUUGUCAUAUUUGUGCUAUUUAUUUAAACAAAUCACUGAAAGACUGGUUAAAACAGUACACUUGGUUUUAGUCUAGGGAGUGGUUUUACGACAUGGCAGACACGUCAGACUACUAAAAUGAAUGUGUAUGUAAAGCAGUUUGACCAUAAUGCCAUCAUAUACCAUAAUGAACUCGAGAAAGCAUAUACCGGUAGGUUAAUAGCUUAAAUUGCCUUUUAACACACAAUGUUCAUUAAUUGCACUCGCUUGGCUUCUGCUGUUGGUAGUGGGCCAGCAUGAGGAUCACCAUCAAUUCCUCCAUCAUCAUCAUCAGCACCAUCACCACAAUCUAAAAAGUAGCCUUCAUCAAAGUCAUCAUUCACUAGGCAAAAAUUGUGUAAAACACAUGCGGACAUAAUUAGAUGAACAAGUAGCUCCAUAUCCAUGUGCACGAGAGAUAGUAGUUUUCUCCACCUUCCUUUCAGGAGUUGAAGUGAGCGUUCUACAAUAGAUCUCAAUAUGGAAAGUUUGUAAUUGAAUCUCCUCUGUCUGGCAGUCAGGUGGCCAUUGUCUCUGAAAGGGGUUAUUAACCACCUAAUGAAAAAGUAGAAUAUCACACUCAUAUCCUUGAUAUUCUUUUCACUAUCAAUGUAACAGUCAUAAUAACAGCAGCCAAUCAAGUCAAAAAUUCAGGAAUUAUCUUGUUGUGUUUGAGCAUUCUUUACUCUCUAUGCAGUAGACUGUGAGGAAGGUGGGGCUGCCCUUUGCCAUUCUGUGGCAAAAUCAGCUUAAUCAAGGGCAAUGAGCUAACUUUGUUAGCACAGUUUUGCCAGAGCAUAAUACUCAAGACAAGUAGUAAACACUAGAGUGUACAGCUUUUAGAGAAAAUCCUGAACUGUAACCACUCAAUUUCAAAGUUAAGGCAAACCUCUUCAAUGGGUAACCUCCAUCUCCUAACAGAUGUUUGUCUCCUGGAAACUUGUGCACUGCUGUGGCUUGCAGAGAUGAAUUCCUCAGGACCCUUGAGUCAUGUACUGAACCUGGCCAACCCACAAGAAUAUCUCUAAAAACCAUGUUGUCAUCACAUACAACCUAUGCAUUAAAAGACAAUAAAGAAUAAACACUAGCAUACAGAUUAUAGUCAAAUGCAUUUGUAGUAGAGUAACAGCUGUUAGGUAAUGUUAUCAUUUUCAAAGUUACUCUGCCUUUAGGUCUUGCCUAAAACACUGUUCUCCAACAAAACUACCACUUACAGCAUCAUGACUCGUCUACGGUAUAUAUAAACUUGAAAAAGAAGCUCACCUGGGUAUUAAGAGAAUGAAAUUUCUUCCUGUUAAUGUAGGAAUCUGGCUGCACUGUUGGCGCUCUUAUUUUUAUAUGGGUUCCAUCAAUAACUCCAAUAACUCUUGGAAAGCCAGGAAUAUCCUGAGCUUCAAAAUUGUUCAUUAUUUCAUGCAUUUCAUUCUCUGUAACAGAGUUGACAGAAUAUAACUAUAUAUGACACAUACAAUUAUAGCCAUAAAUUUAAUAUCUGCACCCCUGCCUAUAGGUGCAGUGACUGCGACCAGCUACUCUACAAACUAAAAUUAUUUUGUAAACAUUUAAAUAGAUGCGAACACUGAAUUGCCUGUGUCGAAUUUUCUUCCGAUUGGUACUCAGGUUGCUGAUCUCUGUUGUACAGGGCAACAGCUUUAGUCAGUUUGAGCUCUCUUAAGGAAUGUAAACUCAUUUACCCACCGUUUUGGUUUGUAUAAGAGCUAAAACCUUUUCAAAUACGGAAGCAAAACAUUACACACUGAUUACAGACCAUUACACUGAGCGUCUACCGGCUUCUGCGCGCUCAAAGCGUGAUAUUGAAAGAUCUACAAACUUUGUUGAACUGGAAGUAAAUGUCGCGAGAACAAUACGCAUUCUGCGCGAUGGGUGACACACCCUCAUCCAUGGUUUCCCACGGAACCCCGCCUUCCCCCUGUUCUCCUACCUUCGAAAAGCAACAUUACUAAAUUAAUAAUCAAUCCGUGCAUGUGCCUCCUCAAAUAUAACUACUUUAUUUAAGCUGAUUAUUUUUUUUAUGACCCUUUCAACAUGGCAAACAGUAAACGUACCAGUAGGCAACUUGAUAUACUGUUGUCGCAUGGAAAUACAAGCUUCUGUAAUGCGUUGAAUAACUCUGGACAAACUGCUCAGCGUUAUGUUAAAGCGAUCCGAUACCGAUCUCAUGACUUCUGAAUUGGCCAUAAACCAAACAAAUGCCAAGACCUGGCACUGCACAGGAAUUGGCGGUCUUCCAUAACGGUUUCCUUCCGGUAUAGUUCCCGUGGCUGCAACUUCUCGGCAUAAUUUUUCAAGUGUGCCUCUUGUCAUUCUGAAGUGGGAUUUAAACUCAUCCACCGAAUACGUUGGUACAACAACUUCAAAAAACGCGUCAUUCCUAUUUAACUUUCUUCUCAUAAAAGUUGAUCCGGCUACUAAUACAUUAAUGUCUUCCUCCUCAUCAAAACCAAAUGAAAUUUCCACCUCUUCAUCUACCAACUCGUGUAAAAUUGUUACCAACUCGGCAGCCAUCUUGGUGUCCCGUCGGGCACCGCGACGUACCGGGGUUUACGACCAAAUGGAACAACUUUUUACUGAUCGGAAAUUCCACUUUUGCUCCCACCGAAAUUUCCGGGUUUUUUCCUAAAUGGAAAGCGCCCGUGAUUACCAAAUUUUCUCGGAUGGGUAGAUUUACUUACCCAUGGUGCUCCGGAGGCGCGCUUCGCGUCCCAGAGCUCCGCUAAUAAAGUACAAAGCUAGAAAGCAGUUCACAUUUCACGACGAUGCCAAAUCGCAGAGAAAGACAACAACUAUGUGAAUUUCUGGUGUAGAAAGCCUCCAGGAAAACUUAACCAUGUGCCAACCAGCAACAAAACGGAUAGUUUUAGCAUUCUUGAUUUAUUUUAUGUCAAAAUUAAAUUCCUUAUGAAAGAAAUUGUUCCAAAAAGAGAUCUCUGAUCAAGAUAUGGUACAAAAUCGGCCGCCGUAGGUUGUAAACAAGCUGCCAACGAUGAUGAAAGCUGCAGAGGUUCAGGCUGGUUUUUUCCAACAUUUGCACAAAUUAUUCGGUGAUAUCGAUGCCAGUAUACCUGACUUUACAAAUCGACAAAUAUUAACGCCAAUAUUUGGCUACGUCAAAGAAACCUUUCUCCACCACUGACAUAUUUCCAUCGGUCGCUGUACGUGUAUAUAAAGUUACAUGCGACAACUUCGCAAAUGCAGCCACGUCGUUACCGCAGCAUUUCUUAAUCAUAAUAGAGUCCAGAAAACAGAUCUUAUAAUACAGCUGCGUACAGUCUGAUGUUCAAUUAAUUUCUACUUCUGUAGUAAACAAACCAUGAACGUGUUCUUUCAUUGUAUGUUCGCAUGAAUAAAUGAUGACUUUUCCUGUAAAACAGCUUUCAUAAGUUAUCAUGUACAAUAUGUGGUCCUUGGUCCGCGCAGGUCCCCGAUGCCCUUGGUCCGCGUCUUUUCCGAAAAUGAUAAAAUAUUUCGUCAAGAAAAAAAAUACGUUGAAUAGUGAAAGAUAUCGUGACUUACUGAUUAGCAUUCUUUCAUAUAACGAAGUUUCAGGCUUCUUGCUGCGGGUGAAGACGCGAAAUUUAAGUUUGUUGACAGGUAGGUUAAUUUGUCUUUCUUGAAGUUUGGAUUUUUGCGGCACCGUAAAUUACGUGGUCAUGUUUACUUAGCCUGCGAAUAACUAAAACGCAACGGGAAGACUUACCUUUUUGCAGAACAGGUUUUCAGAUCAACUUAUUUCUGCUGUUGGAAGCAUAUUGCUGUAGACGCUGAAUUUUUUGUUUUAGCGACUCUUGAAAAAUAUCACCAAAUUCCGCUUAGCGGUCCUUGGUCCGCGUCCUAUGACCUUGGUUGAAUAAAACUUUCCAAAGUAAAAAGCGACGGCCUUUGUUUUCGAAGAAUGUUUUGAAAGUCGUCCCUAUAUAUGUCUACAAGUUCUCUUUUUUAAUACCUCGAGUACAUACAGAGUUUUUGGUAAUUAUUUUCGACCGCGCUAAAAACCGCUCGUCGACACUCGUGUGGGAGACUCGAGGAGACUGUCUGAAGUCUUUGAAAGAAAAGCAGAUUAUUUUAUGCUCACAACAUCUUCCGAAAAAAACUUUAGCUUAAUUGCAUCAAAAAAAGAAAAAAAUACAGAAAUACUGUGAAAAUCACGUUUUCGUGUGGAAACUAUAACAUUUUUACGUUUUUAUCGUGUUGCUUACCUGAGACGCGGACCAAGGACCAUCGAAAACGGUCGCCUGUUUGCGAAUUCCAAGCAAAAUAUUUUUGUCUGGAACUUGAAACUUCAGGAUUAUCGACAGAAACAUAAAAGCUAUCUUCAGAGAGUAUUUCAGCUCGUUACAUGAAGAUUCGUGUAAAAUAUUCAAGUUAAUGACUUUUACACGCGGACCAAGGACCACAUACUGUAAUGAGUGCAAAAACUCGUGUUUUGAAGUGCUACUGUUUGUUGUUUGACUGAACUGAGUUUUGAGAAAGUUCAGCGCUUUAAAUCGCGAGUCAUGAUUGCCUUAUGGUGACUUUAGAGACAUGACUUGACUUGAAGACAUGACUUGAUCACGGUACUAAAACCAUAUUUUUUACCAAAAAGACUCCAUUCUACUAAAAGUUAUUUUAUAAAAGCAAUAGACCACACUUUCUAUGGGUUUACCGGCGUGAUAACCCACUUGGGAUGUUAGGAAAACAAUCGAAAAGCUUGUAAAUCACUCGCCUUCGGCUCGUGAUUUACAAGCUUUUCCCGUGUUCUCCCAACAUCCCGCGUGGGUUAUCACGCCGGUAAACUCAUAGAAAGUGUGAUCUAUUGCUUAAAGAAAUAAGGCAAAAUAUAUAAGGCUUCUGAAAACCCAGGGUGUCAGGUAAGCAUAUCCCGCCGGGAAAAACACCGGCCAAUGAGAAUAGCCCUCUAAUUUUAAAAUAAUGAUAUACCUAGUUUCAGAAACUGAUAACACGAAGAAGAAUGUAAAACAGACUGAUACUCUUUAAUUCUUUUAAUACUCUUCAUACUCUUAAAAGAAUUAAAGAGUGUCUGCCAGUAAAUUAGCGAUCUGGUCGAUAUGGCGUGAAAAAUAGAUUUCGCUCAUUUCUUGUGCGUUGAAAGACUUUCAUGUACCUGCACUUAACGGCCCCAAUCCGCUGGACUGUAUUUUUAAAACGCUCGAAUUUUUUAGACAAUUUUGGUUCACCCCAUCCAACGCUCGUGUUGCGCGGCUUAACUCAAGGCUGAAAAUCAACAAAACUGUGAAUGUUGAUUUGGAAAGAAUUAGUAAUUAUUAGAUAAAAGAAAUAACACAAACAGCCAUCAUAAUUCGUUUGACAUAACACAGCGUUUUCUGCCAACAUUAAGCACAAUUUAACGCCAUAGCAAGAUUUUAACGAUCCCCUUCCCGCACUGAUAGAUCAAGUGGAGCCAAACCACCCCCCAAAUGGUUCCCAAAUGUGUCAUUUGCUCUCGGAUAAAAAAUUGAAGUAGAGUAACAUAUAUAGAAACCAUGAUAUUUUGUAAAAGAUUACUUCCGAAAAAAAUAUAAUUUCUACCAUUCUUCGAUUCUUUCUUCUCCUAAAAUACUGCCUAAACAGUGCAUUCAUUAGUCAUUGACCAGGUGACAGCUUUUACUUCAUCAGUAUGGUAUUUCUGUUGUUUCGGCGCAGACGACUCUCUCUCGAAAUGUUCCUAGUGGCAGAGAGCGAUGGGAGUCGGCUGUUUCGCAGCCUAAUGAACAAAAUUCAAACUGUUAUUUACAAAAUCGAAUGUUCGUUGCUGGUGCUCGUAGAUAGGCUCAAAAGGUGUAGAGACUUCUCAUUGGCUAAACCGAGAUCUGACCAAUGAUAUGGUUUUCGAUCUGGGAAAUGCCAUAGCUUUUUUAAAAUCGAAAUUAAGACUUCACGCCUCAAGGUUUUUACGUGAGUUGAGGUGAGUUAAGUCCCUUUUACAGGCCUUUGUCAUCUGUAAGUAGGUCGAAAGCAAGAGAACAUAAAAACCUCUUGUCUAACGUUAAUUGGCAUUUGUAGACGGCGGCAAUUCGACUGCUCGGGAGUGACUGGAGUGCAACAGAAAAUGAAGGAAUUUGAUCGGCGCUUGAUAUUCCACAGAAACGUUUGGAGCUUCGUUAACUCCACCAUAAAGCACGACUCGCAAUUAGUUGAGGCAGGAGAACAUGAGAGGCUUUUAUGUUGUCUUGGCGGUUAGGGUUAUUUCUAAGAAUUUAACUGCCCUUGAAAAGUAAAAAACAUAUUUUUUCUCUUCUAGGUAUGAUUAUUUGAGGAUUGUAGAUGAUAACAAAAGAACACGCGGUAGAUAUUGUGGGCGCGAACUUAGUGGAAAGGUAGUUUUGGUAAAUGGAAACUACGCAUUAAUAACAUUCCACUCUGAUGUUUCUCAACAAUACCCGGGAUUCCAGCUCACGAUAUUAUUUACUGAAAAUCAAAAUGGUAUGUUGAAAUAA